UUGUGGAAAUUACAACCUCAAACCGUACAAGUGGUAUAGGACGAAACGAAGCCCCACCGUAAUCAGCUCCGGAGUAACCAGCUGCUCAGAAAUCUAUACAUCCACAUAUCUGCUCUUACAUUUGCCCAUCCCCGGACAUCCUUCGUAUAUCCGUCCACCCUAUCCACUUAUAGCUGAUCGCCCAGACUAUCUAAUCUUACCACCCCAGACCUAUUUAUGAACACACCACUCAUUCCCAACUUGGGGUCGCCCACAGAGUCAUUCCUGGCGGCUAGCGCGCCUAACCCGCGCGUCGUGCAUCUCGUGGACGUAAUGCUUGCAGCGCUCCCCGCGCCGGAUCCUGCAACUUACAACACAGAAGAUGUAACAGCUGCGCUCGUGGAUGAAAUUCACCCCCAUAUCACAGAGCUCCGUGCUUUGCUCCGCGAGAAGGUCGUUCUCAACUCUAUAGACGAGCCGACCGCUCGAAAACUAUUCGACAUAACCUCGCACCACCACGAGUACUUCCGCAUUCACUACCCCACCUUGACCCCAGUGUUCACUUCAGACGUGCAGGACGCGUUUGUGAAGGACAUGUCGGCGCUCGACGCGUGCCUUGCCAACCUUUUGCUCGUAAAUCGCCGUAUCCACAACCUCAAGCACUUUGAGGGAAAGCAUCUCUUGUACAUCACCGAAACCGUCAGGCUCUUUCACCACUUGGCUUUCCGCACGUUCCACAAGUACGCAAACCAGGCGCCUGUGGAUGAAUUCACGUUCCGCGACUUGAUUCCGGCACUCCGCAUCAUGUUUCUCUCCUUGUUUUCUUGGAGGGACGUCUACGCAGAGUCCGCACUCGCCUACUGCAGCGCUACGUUGAACCAGCUCCUUUUACACGACUUGAAGUUUCUCAUCCGGGAGUGUCCCAGAGAGGGCUCGUUCUCUCCGUCAGGUGCCUCCAAGCUCUCUAACAACAUGGAGUUCCACUUGUGCUUUCUCGAGCUUCUUAAGACCUCCUACUCGUUUAUCCACAACUACACAGACGUCGGGGCCAAGCUUGCGCGUUCGGCUUCUCGUUUGAACAGCCAGUUCGGGCCCAUGGCCACGCCGCCGUCCCUCCAGGGCACCGCCUACAGCCACCCCUUAAUGUUUUUGAACCUCCGCCUCCUUACGCGUUUUCUUUCAAAGAUUCCGCACGUCACCGAAUUCGCAGAUAACCCCGUAUUCCAGGAACAGUUGUAUCAGAAGGUGAAGAAUAUAGGCAACAUUAUUUUGACGUUUGAUGUUGCGGCGUAUCCCUCGUUUGACUUGAAGAGCCCCUCGGACGUGGCCGCGACCGGCGACGUCGCCACCACCGACCAGGUCUUCAAUCGCAUUGUCCAAACCGUCUUGAACUACUUCGAGUACGCCGUGACGAAGGCUGUGAACUCGCUCGAGUGGGGCGCGCUGAAGGCCAGUCACCGCGCUGACGAUGACUGUGAGGAUCUUGUUUCGCUCCUAGGCUUGCUAGACCACGUGAUUGACGCCGCGGAGUACCAAUGGAGCACUGAGGCCGCGCGCUGGGGCUUCCAAAACAUUUUAGAUGCGUUUAUCCCCCUGGAAGUUGUCGCCAGCGGCUCCUUGUUCUCCAAGAUCCACUCCCUCAUUACCCAGACUCCACGACGCACCUCGGGGGGCAGCGUUGAUCCCCAUGAUGACGCCACUUCGUCUUCCAACUAUGCCACCGUCAACAAUAGCGUCCGAAACGCCAUUCUCGACGUCUUUUAUAAGUUGACCAUCGCUCACGCCGAACAAAGGCCCGAAAAAUUCAACGUGGAGGAUGCGAAGCUCCAAUUCCUCAACUGCACGGGUUAUUUGGCGGCGUCUGGCUAUAUGUUCAGCAAACACAUCACCGUUCCGUUGAACCCCCCGUUGUAUUCCAUUUACAUCGAAGGUGUGGCUUCCGCCGAAGAGCUAGACGUUCGUCGACCUUCAGUCAUAGAAAGCGUCACCGAUUCGGUGGUCUCGGCUUCCUCGUGCGACUCAGCGCUCAGCUACGGUUCCCUCCUCAGCGAUACCGAAGGUGCCCGGAGCACCUUCACGCAGAUCAACUACUCGUCCAAUUACACCAGCUCGUCAAUUGACGCCGCCUCCGGUUUGACCCGCACGGCCAGCCAGGCCAGCACCGCCACCGCCAUCUUGUCACUCGGCACGCGGCGUACUAUUAGCCCUGGACCUUCACUCAAGUCGAAUACGCGUCUGACGAAGCGUAUGGAGCGGCGCAAUUCCUCGGCGCUCUUAGGCGAAAUGACAGAAGCAGAGAAGGAGGAGGAGGCCCAGAGGUUGAUGGAGGUGUUUGAGAGGCUUGAUCGUUUAGGUGUCAUCAAGCCAGUUUCCAAGAAGGGAUAGUGAGAAUGACUGUAUGUUUACAUUGUUGGAGGAAUUUCCGUGUAGUUAGCAUGAAUAAUGUGUUUAGGACAAACGUUCGUAGAUGAAAAGCGGUAAUGGUGACGUCGGUAGCCAAAAUUGUCAUAUAUAGCCAAAUAGUCUUUUAUUAAAUACAGCGUGCAGAUGG